AUGACGUGACCAAUCAGAGUGGGUUGGAGCGAGUAGGAGCACGUUGGGGCAUGCGACGCGACACCUUCUACAUUGAGCGGAAGUGGGAUUGCGGCGGCAGUAGACCAUGGUCACGUAACUUUCUUUUCUUGCUCUUUGCUUUCAUCAGCCAUCAUGCCUCCUAAAAAGGAUACUAAGAGCUCCUCUAAGCAACCGCAGAAAACUCAGAAGAAGAAGGAAGGUGGAUCAGGUGGUAAAGCUAAGAAGAAGAAGUGGUCCAAGGGAAAAGUACGUGAUAAGUUAAAUAAUCAAGUACUCUUUGACAAAUCCACGUAUGAAAAGCUGUUGAAGGAGGUUCCACAAUACAAAUUGAUCACACCCUCCAUUGUCAGUGAAAGAUUGAAGAUCAGAGGGUCUCUUGCCAGAAGGGCUCUGAUUGAACUUCAACAGAAGGGUCUUAUUAAGCAAGUUAUACAACAUCAUGCACAACUUAUCUACACACGUACUACUAAAGGAGAUGACCCAGCGGUGUAAUAUGUAUAAGAUGUUUUAAUAAACAAAUUAAAUUCA